AUGACGGACGAUAAAGAAAAAGGCAUGUUCUCGGCUAGCGAUAUUGUCACAGAUCGCAAUACCUCAGCAACGGACUUCCCCCGUGUCGAAGAACUACCACUUCCCAAAGACUUCGCAUGGGGUACAGCUACUGCGGCAUACCAGGUUGAAGGAGGUGCAUUUCAAGAUGACAAGGGAGCGUCAAUCUGGGAUACUUACUCUCAUUUGGAACCGUCUCGUACCAACGAGGAAAACGCCGAUGUUGCCUGCGACCACUACAACCGCGUUGAAGAAGAUGUCAAAUUGAUGGCCUCUUUGGGUGUCGAUGUCUACCGCUUCUCCAUUUCCUGGUCUCGAAUUAUUCCCCUUGGGGGACGCAAUGACACCGUCAAUGAAAAGGGGAUUGAGUUUUAUAGCAAUUUGAUCGACCAACUCCUGGCCCAUGGUAUUGAGCCCGUUGUCACUCUCUACCACUGGGACGUACCCCAAGCGCUCUACGAUCGGUAUAGAGCCUUCCUGAACACCAAGGAGUUCCAGGCUGACUUCGAAAAUUACGCACGCCUGUGCUUCACCCGAUUCGGUGAUCGUGUUCAGAAAUGGGUGACUUUCAAUGAACCAUACAUAAUCUCCAUCUUCGCCCAUUUGAAUGGAACUCUUGCACCAGGCCACUGCCGCGAGGCUGGGACGGACACCAAAACAGAACCGUGGCGCGUUGGGCACACCAUCAUUCUGUCACAUGCGGUGGUAGUCCAGAUGUACAUGAAUGAGUUUCAUUCUUUGCAGAAAGGGCAGAUAUCGAUUGUACUCAACGGACACUUCUAUGAGCCGUAUGAUUCCGAGAAUCCACUCGAUCGGGAUGCUGCCGAACGCCGGCUCAUCUUUUACAUUGGCUGGUUUGGAGAUCCUGUGUUCCUUGGGGGAGAUUACCCGCCGGUGAUGCGAGCCUAUCUUGGCUCUCGACUGCCUGAAUUCACGCCGGAGGAGCUUCAACUCCUCGCACACACGGCCCCGAUGAAUGCAUUCUAUGGAAUGAACCACUAUAGCACGAAGUAUGCCCGUGCCUUGUCUGAUCCCCCAGCCGAGGACGACUGGACUGGUAAUAUCGAAGAGUUACCCACAAACAGCAAUGGAGAGGAGGUCGGACCUGUCACAGGCGUAUCCUGGCUUCGAGUUGCACCCAAUGGCUUCCGCAAGCUACUCAACUGGGUUUGGAACCGUUAUCAUCUACCUGUCAUUGUUACUGAAAAUGGAUGUCCAUGCCCCGGAGAGGCCGUGGUUUCGAUAGCCGUCAAAGAUGUGCUUCGGCAACGAUACAUUGGAUUGUACCUAGAUGCCAUCUCACGAGCCAUUUAUGAAGAUGGAGUUCCGGUGCACGGAUAUUAUGUAUGGAGCUUAAUGGACAACUAUGAGUGGUCUGCUGGCUACGGGCCUCGAUUCGGCAUUAUUCACGUCGAUUUCGAAACUUUGGAUCGGACGGUGAAGGAUUCAGCUCAUUACCUGAAAGCCACCUUUGAAAGACGUAGAGAAAUUUCUCAAUAG